CCCGAACGCACGUUUCAAACGUUUCCUUCCAUUUUGGCUAUUUAUACCUGAUAUCAUGUCGUCCGUCCUCUCGCUCCAAGCUCCUGCUGUCUCUGAGCGCCAUAUCCGUCGAGAUGCAUGGUGAAUGAACCCUCGAAAAAUUUCCAGCCAAUGACGAGAUGAGGCAAAGUCAGCGAGCCGAGGGGGGCAUAUAAUAAAGAGGGGGAAUAUAAUAAAGAGGGGGACACCGAAUGACUGUCCCCAUCCAGACCCAUUCCGACGACAAUGCUUUCCAUCCUUGCCAUUGCCGCCGUCGCUGGCUCUGUUCGAGCUGCUCCAUGGACAAACGAGCAUGGACUCAUCGAGCGAGAUCAGACGUCUGCCUCUUCCUGGUCGAAUCAGUGGCAGCCAGAUGCCAACGGUGUCGUCCACUACGGCUUCAAUGCGACGUUCAACCAGGGCUACUGGAACGCCAGCCAGAUCCGUACGGCGUACAGAGGAUGUAAUGGCAUGUCCGUCUCAUGGUCGACCAACGGGAGAAAUGUCGUCCCCACCGUCUUGUACGGAACAUCCAACUCGAGCUUGAACUGGACCGCUACGUCUUCAGUAUCGAUCACUUACGAGACCAGUCUCAAGUGGGAGAACCACGUGGUACUUGAAAACCUCGAGCCCAACACAAAGUACUACUACAGCGUGUGUGGAAGCCCCGUCAACUCGUUCACCACGGCUCGCUGUGCUGGUGACAUGACUCCUUAUACCGCUGCCGUCGUGGUGGACAUGGGAGCCAUGGGCGAAUACGGAUUACGACACAAUCUCCCAUCUGACAUCUCGAAUCCUAUCCCUGCGAACCAGACCAACACCAUCCAACGACUGGUCGCUCAGAUGGACGAUUACGAGUUUGUGGUUCACCCUGGAGAUAUGGCGUAUGCCGACUAUUGGGUCAAGGAACAAGUCACCCACGGAAGUAACUUGACCUUGACGGAUCAGGUGCUCGGAUACAACGCCAUCAACGAUGCAUUCUUCAAUGAGGUCGCCGAAGUCGCCUCGAAGAAGGCUUACAUGGUCGGUGUGGGCAACCACGAGGCGAACUGUAUCAACGGAGGUUACAAACAAUAUCCCGAGGCCAUCUGUACUGCUGGACUCACCAACUUUACCGAAUACAAAGUCAGAUGGAACAUGCCGGGAGAUGGCUCGGCGUCGAACAACUUUUGGUACUCCUUUGACGUCGGCAUGGCGCACUAUCUGAUCUUUGACACUGAGACCGACCUUCCUCCUCCCUACUAUGGCGCAGACGUCAUCGGAGGUGUCGCCGGCAUGUACGAGUCCAAUGUUGGCGCGUAUCCGACUGCCCAAGUCGACUUUAUCAAACAAGACCUUGCCUCGGUCAAUCGAACCCAGACGCCUUGGGUCAUUGCCAUGGGUCACCGACCUUGGUACGUUUCCGCUGCACCUGAGGACCGAUUCAUGUCUGGUCUGGCCGUCUUUGAGCCUCUCUUCGAGGCCGCCAAUGUCGACGUUGUCAUGCAAGGUCAUGUCCAUCUCAUCUCUCGAUCUUACCCUGUUCACCAGAACGGAACUGUACAGCAAUACAACUACACCGAGCCCCAAGCGCCUGUCUACCUGGUCAACGGUGCCGCCGGACACUAUGACGGACUCGACAAGGAGUACACUCCCCUCUAUGACUACAUUGCUUUCGCCAAUGACACGAUGUACUCGUACUCCAAGCUCACUUUCCACAAUAGCACCCACUUGACACACCAAUUCAUGGCUUCAGGUGACAACUCUGUCAUUGACGCCAUCACUAUCGAAAAGACGCACUAGAGGGAGGAUGGAAAAAGGAGCUGCCGCAAUAGAAUCUAUAAUGCAUCACGUGACUGUUCCAUUCGAUCGCGGAUCCUAUCGAUCAGUUCAGGUCUCAACAUGUAUGAAC